AUCAAGACAUUUUAAUAUGACCUCGUAUAAAAUAAACAUUCCACAUCAAACUGAGGCUGAUGUUUACCACUUUAACCAAGUGGGGGCAAGAGAAGAAUCGGAGUGACCUGAAACCGGGCAAACGCAUAUGCAUUGCUGUUUUUUAAACUAAUAUCACUUUUCAAGAUGCCAAAAAGCCCGAUUACUACAGCUCCUCCAACCAAUAACAAUAAAGAUUUAGGUCUCAGUGUUCCUGAUUCCCAAACUUUGAGCUCUGACACCAAAAACUCGAAGAAAUAUACUGUCUACAAAGUAUUGAUAAAAACACCAGAAAAGAAUUAUUUUAUAUUUAGAAGAUAUAAUGAAUUUCAUACUCUUUAUGAUAAGUUAAAAAAGGUUUAUCCAGAACUUCAUUUGAAGCUUCCUGGAAAGAAAUUAUUUGGAAACAACUUUGAUCCUGAGUUUAUUAAGAUGAGAAGAGAAGGAUUGAAUGACUUUGUGUUCAAAAUUUUAAGCAUUGCAAGUAUAUCGAUGAAUGCUGAUGUUCGAGAAUUUUUGCAACUGGAUAAUCCACGAAAUGCAUCCAUAACCAAUGAUGAAGAUCCAGAGGAUACUGAGCCCAGUGUUGACUCUGUUACUACAGAAUUGGAAAAAGUUGAUUUGGGACAAUCUGAAUCUACAAAGGCUAAACCCAGUGAUUUUGUGUUCUUAAAAGUUAUUGGAAAAGGUAGUUUUGGAAAGGUUCUUCUAGCAAAACACAAAGUGGAAGAUAAGUUCUAUGCAAUUAAAGUUCUACAUAAGGCUGCUAUUCGCAAGAGAAAUGAGGCGAGACAUAUUAUGGCGGAACGUAAUGUGUUGUUACAGAAUGUGAAACAUCCUUUCCUUGUUGGAUUGCAUUAUUCUUUCCAAACAUCAGACAAAUUGUAUUUUGUUUUGGAUUAUGUUAAUGGCGGUGAGUUGUUUUUCCACCUGCAAAGAGAAAGAUACUUUCCUGAGCAUAGAGCGCGUUUUUAUGCUGCAGAAAUUGGUUCAGCCAUUGGUUAUCUCCAUCAGCUUGGAAUAAUAUACAGAGAUUUGAAACCUGAAAAUAUUCUUUUGGAUUCAAAGGGACAUGUUGUACUGACUGAUUUUGGAUUAUGUAAAGAAGGAAUUGAACCAAAGGGAACAACAUCAACAUUUUGUGGUACUCCCGAGUACCUUGCUCCAGAAGUACUACGUAAACAAUCGUAUGACAAGUCUGUUGAUUGGUGGUGUUUGGGUGCUGUCACCUAUGAGAUGAUGUACGGCCUCCCACCGUUCUAUUCACGUGACACAGCAGAGAUGUAUGAUAACAUUCUACACAAACCUCUACGUUUAAGAACCAAUAUUUCUCAAAGCGCAAGACAUUUACUAGAACAGUUAUUGCAAAAAGAUAGAAGUAAAAGGUUAGGAAAUUCAGAGACAGAUUUUAGUGACAUCAAAACACAUCCAUUCUUUCGUACAAUUAAUUUCCAAGAUCUAUAUGACAAGAAAAUUGACCCACCGUAUAACCCGAAUGUCAGUGGACAACUAGACUUGAAGCAUUUUGAUCCCGAAUUUGUGCGGGAACCAGUACCAGCUUCGGUAACGAAAGCAAAUGAAAAUCAGAUGGUUUCAGCUAGCGUGGAUGAUCCAGAUGACGCCUUUGUUGGCUUUACGUACGUGCCGCCCUCUGAUUUAGAUUAGAUAAGUUUAUUUUGUGAUGAUUAUAUAGUGGAUAAUUUACCCCCAUUUUGAAUUUGAAUUCACAAUCGUCACAUCAUUUGCAGAAAAUUCUAAAUUUUUUCACUUUGUCUUUUAAUUCUUACUCUCCGUCGCACCUAUUUUCUCUCCCUUCUUCGCACCUGUUCUAAAAUUUAUUGAAUAUUUAAAAAAUGGUUAGCGUGACAGUAAAACUGCUGUUGUAUUCAUAUAUUAUUAUCAUAAUUAUUAUCCGUAUUAAUUUGUAUCGCUGUAGUAUCGUUGCUAUAAAUAUUAUUGAUAGCAGGAGAUGAGAAUCUAGAGAAACCGACUGAUUAAAAAUACAAGGGUGUGUCCUUCUCAUCUUCUGUUCUCUAGAGGUGAAUAAUUUAAAUUGUGUUUAUAUACAUAAGAAUUUUUUGAUCUGUUACGUGGCAUGAAAUAUGUCAACAUGAUUAUAUAAUAUAAUGUCUUGAUAAAAAGUUUAAGAUAAAUCACAUUAUAUUCGUAUUCCGGGAGUCUGGUGACCAUAUAUAUAUUUUGUUUUUUUACUUUCAAUUUAAUACUCAAUUUCAUCUUUUUAAAUAUUGGUUAUUAGUCUCUCCUUGUACCUCGUCAAUUAAAAACAACCUGAUCCCCAGUUCCCUUCUGUCGUGACCUGACUGAUAGUAAUUCUUUUUGUUUUUAAAACAUUGCACGACUACAGGUGGAAAAGCGUGAAAUUAUCGAUUAGAUUGAGUUUUUUUAGCCUUUUUGUUAUUGAUGGAAGAAUGUUAAA